UAGAUUUGGAUUAGGUCCGGUUUCCUAGAAACGUAUAUAAUCUGAAAUGAAGAUGCGCAUAUCAUCACUUGGUCUUCAACCGUCUACCAAAAUGUUCAAGCUGCUCCUUGUUGCCUGCGUCUUCGGCCUCGCGGCUGCCAAGCCUAGCCUCUACGAGCCUGUCGUAGCUUACUCGGCUCCGGCGGUGGCUUCAGUGAGCUACCCAUCAUCGUACAGCUACUCCUCUCCCGUGGUCUACUCGUCCCCAGCUGUCUCCUACAGCGCCCCCGUAGCGUACUCUGCUCCAGUCUACUCCGCCUCAGUCGCCGCCCCAGUCGCCGCUGCGCCCGUCGCCUACUCCGCAUCCGUCGCCGCCCCCGUCUCCUACUCCGCAUCCGUCGCCGCGCCCGUCGCCUACUCUGCCUCCGUCGCCGCCGCGCCCGUUGCCUACCAUGCGUCCGUUGCCGCCCCUGUCGCCGUCUCUGCCCCAGCUUACUACAGCUCAAGCUACCCCCACGCGGCCUCUUCUUUCUUUUUAAAGAAGAAGUGAACACCAAAUAGUCGAUUUGAAGAAGAGAAUUCUUAUGUCAUGUAACAAUUCUAUGAAAUCAUAGUGAUAACACCUUAUGAGAAUCUCUGAAAUAAACGAAGUGAACAAAUA